AAAAGCCAACCCUUCUUGGAGGGGUUAUCCCUGUGUCCUAAAGGGACACCCCAAAGGACUCUUCUGAAGGGCGACGUUCCUGGUGACCUAGGCUGGGUCUUCCCUGCAGUGUCAGCAAGUGAAACAGGUAGCUGGGAUCACUUCUGGCUCCUUUGAACAUCCCCUCCUGGGAAGGGGUCAAGAUAGGAGAUCUGAGCCAACUCCAGUUCUACUACCUUCUUAGCCCUGAGGUUCUGAUUGGUGAGAGUGAGAUCCAUAGGAAUCCAGCUCUCCUGAAACAGCACUGCCUCGUAAGAGUCUGUUUUGGGAUUGAAGUUUUCCCAGGAGCACCAGAAGCCACCUUGAGGCCAUGUCUGCCAGACCAAAGGCUAGGAAAGGGAGCUAGUGCAGUGAAUCCCAAUAGCAGGGCUGGAUGCCUAAGCAGGCAGACACACCCUGUGGCCCUCAGCAGGUGUUGUUGAAACUUGUCCCAACCCAAGCCCAGGUGAGUAGGAAAGCAUUCACUGUGGUGCUCCCCUUCCAUUCACAGCCAACUGGGGGUAGGCACGGUGUGGCACUUCCAUGCCAGGUUAGAUGUGGAAUAAUUGGUCAGAGCUGGAAAUGGGAAACCACCUCAGCCUCUUUCUUUGUGAUCUUGGGUAAGUUUCUAAAUUUCCUUGGGCCUCAGUUUCCUCAUUUGUAAUAUGGGGAUAAUAGUUUCCAUGUCAUGUUUCAUUGUAAGGAUAAAAUGAGAUGAGGCAUGCCCAGGGCUUAGCACCAUGCCUGGCACAUGUAAGUGCACAGGAGCUGAGGCCAGCAGGAUAUGGAAGGGAGAGGACGUCUGCAAGUACUGGGGGCAGAGGGUGAGGCAGUGAGAGUAGGGCCAUGAUACUGGCCUUAUGACUCUUCCUGAGUGCCCCAGCUCUCCCAGCCACCACCUGCUUCUUCUAAGUGCCCCCCAUCCCACAGUUCCAGGUGCCCCAAGACUCACCAGAGCAGAGCAGGUUCUCCCAAUUUUCCAGAUCGCCCUCUGACCUCAUCACUUCUCUCUUUUAGGGCUGCUUUGCCCUAAUGCAUUGGAAAGAUUCCUCCUCACUUUGCAGUUUAAGUUAUUCCUGGUUCCUUUUGUUUAUUUCCUGAGUCCUUGGUUACUAGAGGAGUAUUUUCUAAGGGAAAGCACAUGCAAAUCAAGCCGCAUCAUUCUAGGGGCAAUGUCUGCGUAUGGGUAUGUUGGGUGGGUGUGGGGGAUGAGGCAAGCCAAUAUGCAAGCAUUAAGAGAAGGACCUGGGGGGAAGGACCGGCUGGCCCACUCUCAGCACAGUGUCUCUCAAGCAGCCUGGAGCCGGCUGACCUGUGUCUUUGGGGUCAAAUUCAACUCUAAGCCUUUCUGGGGCACACAUACUCCCUCCUGGCUGACAGUGGCCCAUGUUUCUGGGCCUGCUGAGGCUGAGUGGGCUCACUUCCUGGCCUGAAAGCAGUAGCUGGCCCUGUCAUAGGCUUGGUCCCCACGGCUCUGUGAAUGAGAGCAGGUUGGUCCCUGGAACUGAGACCUCCUUCCUACUGGGUCUUACGUGAGGCUGUUUCAGUUUCCCUCUUCCUUGCUUCACUUUCUCAUUUGUGCAAUGGGAACACUCACCCACAGCUUCUUCCAUCAGACCUUGCCCAUCCAGUCAACAAACUCAGGAAGUCAGGGCCUUCCGGCAGCCCUGUGAGGGUAGGCUUGUAUACCCGGGUGGGGGGCAGUGACUGGCGAGGGCACGGGGGAGUUAGGGAGCAGGUCAUGGACAAUGGGGGAGAAGUCACAGAUGAUGGGGGUCAUAGAAUUUUGGGGUCAUCGAAAAUGUGGAAGAGGUCAUAGAACAAAGGGGAUAGGAGUCAAAGGUUAUCUAAGGGAAAGGAAAUAAUCACGAAGGUGGAUGAUCAGGAGGACACCUGAGAAGAGGGGAAUGGUGAAACCAGACCCUGGAUGGGAACAGAAUGGAUCAUGGAAAUGAGGCCUCUUGAAGGGAGGCCACAAGACAUUUCCUAAUUUUGGCUACCAAACCAACCAGGGAAAUUCUGCAAAUGCCAGUUCACAAGAACACAGAACAGCAGACCGCUAUUGCUUUGACCCCACGUCUAGAAAAGUUCAAAGAGCAAAGUUUACCCUAUCAGCUACCAGGCAUAUAAUGAUGGUCAUCACAACUUCCAUGAGUAUCGCAUUUUAGGCAGCCUUUGGAAAUACUUUCAGAGUUUUUUGUUUUGUUUUGUUUUUUAAUCUCAAGUCACUCCCUAAAAGAUAGUGGAAAUAAAUUUGAAUAAACAAAACAGGCUUGCUGAAAAUAAAAUCAGGACUCCUAACCUGCUCCAGUCAGCCUGCUUCCACGAGGUCUGUCAGCCAGUGCUCCACCUGACUGAGUGCGCAGUGCCCAGCAUGUACCAGGUGAUUGCAUUCUUGGCAAUGGUCAUGGGAACCCACACCUACAGCCACUGGCCCAGCUGCUGCCCCAGCAAAGGAUACCCGUCUGAGGAGUUGCUGAGGUGGAGCACUGUGCCUGUGCCUCCCCUAAAGCCGGCUAGCCUCGACUUCCACUCAGUAUCCUGUAGGGCCAGUGAAGAUGGGCCCCUCAACAGCAGGGCCAUCUCCCCCUGGAGAUAUGAGUUGGACAGAGACUUGAACCGGCUCCCCCAGGACCUGUACCACGCCCGUUGCCUGUGCCCACACUGCGUCAGCCUACAGACAGGCUCCCACAUGGACCCCCGGGGCAACUCGGAGCUGCUCUACCACAACCAGACUGUCUUCUACCGGCGGCCGUGCCAUGGCAAGAAGGGCAACCACAAGGGCUACUGCCUGGAGCGCAGGCUGUACCGUGUUUCCUUGGCUUGUGUGUGUGUGCGGCCCCGUGUGAUGGGCUAGCCGGACCUGCUGGAGGCUGGUCCCUUUUUGGGAAACCUGGAGCCAGGUGUACAACCACUUGCCACGAAGGGCCAGGAUGCCCAGAUGCUUGGCCCCUGUGAAGUGCCGUCUGCAGCAGCAAGAUCCCAGGACAGGAUGGGGGGCUUCGGGGGAAACCUGCACUUCUGCACAUUUUGAAAAGAGCAACUGCUGCUUAGGGCCACUGGAAGCUGGUGUCCUGUCAUUUUCUCUCAGGAAAGGUUUUCAAAGUUCUGCCCAUUUCUGGAGGCCACCACUCCUGUCUCUUCCUCUCUUCCCAUCCCCUGCUACCCUGGCCCAGCACAGGCACUUUCUAAAUAUUUUCCCCUUGCCGGAGAAGAAAGAGCCCCUCAUUUUAUUGGCUUGCUUGUUUACUCAUCACUCAGGAAACAUCUACUUUGGGUGCAUUCUGGUGUAGUUACUGGUCUUUUGACAUGGAUGAUUCUGAGGAGGAAGCUGUUAUUGAAUGUAUAGAGAUUUAUCCAAAUAAAUAUCUUUAUUUUAAAA